CACCCCGCGUCCCACCCCGGAGCCCGCCCCCGAGGCCCGCGCAGGCCCGGCAGCCGGCAGAGGCGCGCUACCAUGGCGGCGCCCGGCGGCGCGGAAGGCCCUGCUGCCGGCCCCGCGCUCUGGGCAGAGGUACGGGCGCUGCUGCCCGAUGCCGAGGAGGGGCUGACCUUGGCGCUGAGCGGCGAGGUGGAGGACUGCGUCCUGCCGCUGCUGCGGCGGGCCCGCGGGCUGCUCUACGGCGCGGCGGGCCGGCCCGGCAGGCCGGAGGCGGAUGCGAUGCGGCGCUUGGGGGACGUCCUGUGCGACUACUCCUGGGAGAAGCUGAACGUGGGGCCGUGGCGGGAGGUCAGCAAGGCCUGGCGGCAGGUCUACUCCUACGGCUGCCUCUUCGGGGCGCUGGCCGAGGUAGCCGCCGGCCGCCCGCUGGCGUCUGCCGUCCGCCUCUGCGACAUGGGGCUGCUCAUGGGCGCCUGCGUCCUGGACAACGUCCUCGCCCGCCUCGUCGGCGUCCUGCAGGCGCACCUGCCCCGCGGGAAGCGCCGCGCCGCAGCUGAGGGGAGCGCCAAGGUACCGCGGCCCGCCGUCCUGAGGCGAGCUGGGCCCCGCGCGCCCCCCGGGCUGCCCGCCUUGUCCUCGCGGCCCCGCCCCAGGGUCCGGAUUGACCCCCCUCCAGUCCCUGCUGUGCAGCCAGAAGAAGCGCUUCCACACCUUCACUGCCCUUCGCUGGAGCAUUUCAGAGACAACUACCUGAUUCCACAGAAGCCUGUGGUCUUAGAGGGCAUUAUUGACCACUGGCCAUGUAUGAAGAAGUGGAGUGUGGACUAUUUUUGUCAAGUCGCAGGGUGCCGCACAGUCCCCGUGGAAUUGGGUACCCGAUACACCGAUGAGGAAUGGUCUCAGAAGCUCAUGACUGUCAGUGACUUCAUCAACCAGUAUAUUGCGAAUGAGAACAGUGUAGGAUACCUUGCCCAGCACCAGCUUUUUGAUCAGAUCCCAGAAUUGAAAGAGGAUAUCAGUAUCCCUGACUACUGCUGCUUGGGGGAAGGGGAAGAAGAUGACAUCACCAUUAAUGCUUGGUUUGGUCCAGAAGGCACCAUCUCACCUCUUCAUCAGGAUCCCCAGCAAAAUUUUUUAGCCCAGGUAUUUGGAAGAAAGUAUAUCCGUCUAUAUUCACCAGAAGAUUCAGAAAACCUGUACCCGCAUGAAAGCCAAAUUCUUCACAACACCAGUCAGGUUGAUGUGGAAGAUCCUGACUUAGUUAAGUUUCCCAAUUUCAGAAAGGCUGUGUUUCAGUCCUGUAUUCUGAUGCCUGGCCAGGUUCUGUUUAUUCCAGUUAAAUAUUGGCACUAUGUACGAUCACUUGAUAUCAGCUUCUCUGUCAGUUUCUGGUGGUCAUAGCUUUGAAGGAUGCAUAAAGUCUGUUAGCACUGUAUUAGCAAUUAAAAAUCAGAAAAAGGAACAUCUGGCAUCUUCUAACAAGAGAAUUCUUUUUAAGCAUGAGAAUGUUCUUCCCUGUCCAGAGGUUAGAGGUGGAUUGAAAGAACAGCAAACUCUUGCUUCAGCGUGGUGAAAGAAUCUGGAUGGGUAAAUGGAAAGAAGAUGCUACAGCCACUUUCUUUUUGUGGAUGUUUCUAACUCCUCACAAAGAGCAUGUUAGGUCAUCAACUUGUAUGUGUGUGUGCAUCUGAAACAGUGCUAUAUAUGGGCACUGCCAGGACUCUGCUUCAAACUAUAUUUGGAACAUCAGGUUCCAAAUGCUAUCCUCUACUUGGAUUUAAUAACAGUAAAAAUGGGAUGGCGCUACCCAAAGGUUCAAUACAUUUUAAAAAAGCUAACACAAAGCAAGAUGCCAAUCUGCUAUAUGGAAAAAGUUGCUAGUGUUAAGGCCUAAGAGC